UUAAAAACGGUUUUUGGAGAAUCAAGUGCAACACAGCGAAAUACAGUACGGGGCUCGCGACCGGCUCACACAUUCUUCAAUAUCAUCCAAAACAGUGGUACCAAAUAUCCCAGGAAAUGAUAGAAGGUGGAAUUACAUCCAUGAUGUCAGGAAUAAUUGAGAAUGCUGGGCAUCAUCCGUCUCCACAGGACUACAGGCUUCUGACCACGGACCCCUCCCAGCUGAGGGAGGAGGACCUCCCUGGGGACCUGCAGUCUCUGUCAUGGCUCACCUCUGUGGAUGUGCCCCGACUACAGCAGAUGGCUGAUAGCCGAGGCCACAGUAACGGGCCCUCCCAGGGCAGCUUGUUGGAGCAACAGACAGCUCAGCUGAGUAACAUGUCUGCGAUGACAGCGGGUCAAGGCUCCAUGCUCCACCUCCAGAGCAACAUGCAGCACAGCCCUCUGGGAAUCAGCAUCAUCAACACCCACAGCGGAAGUAUGUCUCCAUACUCUAUGAAUGGGAUGCCCUCUCCAGGAUACCAGUGCCCUACCUCAGUCUACCAGCCAACACCCCAGCAGGUCUACUCUCUGACCCAAACUGGACAACAGUGUUCAACUGGUGGGCUGUAUAGCAAUGUCUCUUUCAACAACCAAAGUCUUUUCACACAACCUCGACUGGCUCCACAAGACCAGGAGCUGCAGCCCAAGUCUUUUCCCAAGCCAAUCUAUUCCUACAGCUGUUUGAUUGCCAUGGCUCUGAAGAACAGCAAAACUGGCAGCCUGCCAGUCAGUGAGAUUUAUAGCUUUAUGAAGGAACACUUCCCUUAUUUCAAGACUGCACCUGAUGGAUGGAAGAACUCAGUCAGACACAACCUGUCCUUAAACAAAUGCUUUGAGAAAGUGGAGAACAAGACCAGCAGCUCUUCCCGUAAGGGCUGUCUGUGGGCGCUGAACCCUGCCAAAAUUGACAAGAUGGAGGAAGAGAUGCAGAAGUGGAAGCGCAAGGACCUCCCAGCCAUCCGCCGCAGCAUGGCCAACCCUGAUGAGUUGGACAAACUGAUCACAGACCGCCCGGAGAACUGCCGACGUAAGGCUUUAGAGUCCGGCAUGACCCGUCUGCCCAGCUGUCCCAGUGGCCUCACGCUGCCCAUCCCAGCCCAGAUGCAACCUCAGCCAAUAGUCACGCUGUCCCUGCCCUGUUUACCCAUGCACCACCACCACCACCAGCUUCAGGCUCAGCUCCACGCUCAGGCUCGCCUGUCCCCCAUGUCCCCUGUCCCGGCCCAGACUCCUCCCCUCCACACGGUCCCAGACCUGUCCCACAGUCCACUCACCCAGCACCCCAGCAAGCCGCCGGAUGAUUUUUAUAGUGUGCAUGGUGAUACACACACAGAGGUGGAUGCACUGGACCCUAGCAUCAUGGACUUUGCCCUUCAAGGUAAUCUGUGGGAGGAAAUGAAGGAUGACAGCUUUAACCUGGAUGCUUUGGGUACCUUCAGUAACUCACCCCUCCGGCUAUCAGACUGUGACUUGGGAACAGGCAACCUCACUUCUGUCUCCACUGGCGUGAACCUGCCGCUGUCAGAUGUGCAAGUGACGGGCCUCUACACCUCCUACACCUCCCAGGACCACCUGUCUUCUCAGUACAUGGGCGCGCCAGCCAACAGCAAGCCCAUCGCUCUGUUAUAAAGCAGCUGGACUGUCUCCUGCAGAGUCAACCUGAUUCAUUUUACUAUUCGUGGAUAUCUGUGGACGCCAACUGAAGAAACCUGAGGUCGAAGUCUGAUUUCUGGUUUCUUUUGUGUUUUAAACGUACAAAUCACACAGCUCUUCUACAGUCAGCUGGGAACUACUUGGAGAAGGAUGUUUGAACGUCAUUUCACUUGCAGUCCAGAAGAAAAUCGCUCCUUAAGAACUAUAACUGCUGAUAAGUAAAGACGUGGCUGUAAUGGCUCUAAAAGUGUGUAAGACUUAUAAUAUCUAGCUUUGCCGAGCAAAGACUCAAAGUCUGUCUGAGAACAA